AUGGAUGACCAUAGAGAAUCCGAAGUUCUGCUUCCCAGCUGGAUUAAUAAAAAUUCAUCAGAAAUGGCUGAAUCUCGUCUUUUUAUUAUCUCUUGCAUCAUUGCUGGUUUGAUAGGAAUUCUGACUAUAUUAUUUACGGCUUUCCAGUGGAGAAGAAAUAUAAACUUAAGUUGGAUGAAAGCCAUUGCAAAGUCAAAGAAAAACCCAAAAGCACGCAAUAAAAUUCCUCUGGCUCCUCAUUCAUGGGUUUUGGAAUCUGUGAUUCGAGGAAAAAGUCUGAAUUGCUGUGUAUGCUUAAAGUCUCUGUCACCUUCGCAGUCUCUUGGUCCUGCGGCGGCUUCAGACAUGUUUAUCCACCGUUGCAGCAUAUGCAGUGCAGCAGCUCACUUGAUCUGCUCAUCAAAUGCUCAAAAGGAUUGCAAGUGUGUAUCGAUGUUUGGAUACGGUUAUGUAAUGCAUCAAUGGGCAGUGCGGUGGACGGAGGUGACAGACCAACCUGAUGAAUCUUCUUUCUGUAGCUACUGUGAAGAGCCAUGUAGUGGAUCUUUUCUUGGGGGAUCCCCUAUAUGGUGUUGUUUGUGGUGUCAACGUCUCGUGCAUGUUGACUGCCAUGGUAGCAUGUUUAAUGAAACAGGUGAUAUCUGUGAUUUGGGCCCUUUUAGAAGGCUUAUCCUAUCUCCACUUUAUGUGAAAGUUUUGAAGAGUACUGGUGGAUUUUUAAGUUCCAUCACUCAUGGGGCAAAUGAGAUUGCAUCUUCCGUACGUGCUAGUAUCAGAAGUCAAAGUAAGAAGUACAAGCAUGGAACUGAGACCUCUGCUGAUACCGAUAAUAGUAGUAAUUUGAGUGUGUCAUCAACAGAAAGCACCACAGAGACUAGUCAAACAGUAAAUGGGUCUCACAGUGUGGAAGAAAACUGCAAUCAAAAUGUGAAUACAGAUGGAGUGGAUAAAAAACAAGAUGGUGAAGCAAAAGAGAUGGAGAAUAAAGCCAGUUUAAAAAGAAGUUCAUCAAGUAAUCAGAAUGGUGAAUCAAAACAUAUGGAGAAGAAACCCAGUUUCAAAAGAAGCUCAUCACUUAAUCAGAAGGAUGAAUUUCAGUUAGUUGGUAUGAGACAGAAAUAUGAACUGAUUGAUUUGCCUCCAGAUGCAAGACCCCUGCUAGUUUUCAUCAACAAAAAGAGUGGAGCUCAACGAGGGGACUCACUCAGGCACAGACUGAACAUUCUUCUUAAUCCUGUUCAGGUUUUUGAGUUAAGCUCGACACAGGGUCCAGAAGUCGGUCUAUAUUUAUUUAGAAAUGUUCCUCACUUCAGAAUCCUUGCCUGUGGUGGAGAUGGUACUGUUGGCUGGGUAUUAAAUGCCGUAGACAAGCAGAACUUUGUUUCUCCCCCGCCUGUAGCCAUUCUUCCUGCAGGAACUGGAAAUGAUUUGGCUCGAGUACUUUCCUGGGGCGGCGGUUUGGGCUCGGUUGACAGACAAGGAGGCCUUUGCAUGCUUUUGCAUCACAUAGAACAUGCUGCAGUUACCAUCCUUGAUCGGUGGAAGAUAUCAAUUUCAAACCAGCAGGGAAAACCACUCCAAGAGCCGAAGUUUAUGAACAACUAUCUUGGAGUUGGAUGUGAUGCAAAGGUUGCUCUCGAAAUCCAUAAUCUUAGGGAGGAGAACCCAGAUAAGUUUUACAAUCAGUUCAUGAAUAAAGUUCUUUAUGCAAGAGAAGGAGCCAAGAGUAUCAUGGAUAGGACUUUUGCAGACUUCCCUUGGCAAGUUCGUGUGGAGGUUGAUGGCAUUGAGAUUGAGGUUCCUGAGGAUGCAGAGGGUGUCCUUGUAGCUAACAUUGGAAGCUACAUGGGUGGUGUAGACUUGUGGCAGAAUGAAGAUGAGAGCUAUGAAAAUUUUGAUCCCCAAUCCAUGCAUGAUAAAGUGCUCGAGGUUGUCAGUAUUUCAGGUACAUGGCAUCUUGGAAAGCUUCAGGUGGGUCUAUCUCGAGCUCGUAGGCUGGCACAGGGACAGUCAAUUAAGAUUCAGCUUUUUGCUGGUUUGCCUGUUCAAGUAGAUGGGGAACCAUGGUUUCAGCAACCUUGUACAUUGACUAUAUCACAUCAUGGGCAGGCCUUCAUGCUGAAAAGAGCAGCAGAGGAACCUCUUGGUCAUGCGUCUGCCAUAAUUGCCGAUGUCCUCGAGAAUGCAGAAACCAACCACGUGAUUAAUGCAACUCAGAAAAGGGCGUUGCUUCAAGAAAUGGCACUCAGACUAUCCUAG